UUAUUGUCCAAUGGGAAAUUAGUUUUCAGGAGUAUAUUUUUUCGUGCACUUCUAAAGAAUAAAAAGUUUGUCUUAACUUCCUUAUACAAGUGUAAACAAUGUUUAUUUUUAUGAAUUCAGCAAUUGCAAUUUGUUUAUCUAACAGUUGAUACAACUGCCGGACGUAAUCAGUUGAAAACUCAAAGCAUCAAAUACUUCAAUAUGGCAGAAAGCACUGACAAAGACACAAGCUACUCAUUAAAAGAUGAACCAGCAACUGCAGGCCAACCGCUCUCUGAUUUUCUUCUCCAACUCGAGGAUUACACUCCAACGCUACCGGACGCCGUUACGGAACACUAUCUUCGUUCUGGAGGAUUCAAUACAACAGAUGCAAGGAUAGUACGUCUCGUUUCUUUGGCGGCCCAAAAAUUCAUUUCUGAAAUUUCGAAUGAUGCGCUCCAACAUUGCAAAACGAGGGGAGCAAAUCUGAACACAAAAACGAAGGGAAAGGAUCGACGUUACACCCUCACAAUGGAGGAUUUAACUCCUGCUGUUGCAGAAUACGGCAUCGUAGUGAAAAAACCCCAUUACUUUGUUUAAUCAUUCUUCAUUAUAGAGCAAGUUUUUAUCCAUAUGAUUAACACUUAUUGUUAAAACAAAAUCACGUCUCAUAGAUUUAACAAAAUGUAAACGAAUCUGUCGUUUUAUUCGUAUUAAGAUACAUUAUAAUUUUAUCUAUAACAUGCUCUUAUUAUCUUUCAUUUUACAACACGAAGAUCGUCAUUCUAUUCAAAGUUAA